CUGGGCGACAAUCUCAUUUCACAAGUAGCGGAGGGGAGUCAUCUCCAUGAGUUUGAACCUGCGUCCUCAGGGGAAGGAAAAAAGUGGGGAGGAGGAAGUUUGUCAGGAAAAGGAGGAGGGAGACCCUCGUUGAGCCGAAGAAGAAUGAUUAAGAGAAGGCUUCGUUGCCUUCCACCCACCUAAAGUCGAUAGCACUCCAGCGGACUGGCUGAGGCGGAACUAUAUAAGCCAGGUGUAUGGCAGCCAAUUCCGACGGCUGCGACGCGACGCCCAGGACGCAGUUUUUACGGAUCGCAGACCAGCCUCCAAGCGGAGAAGCCGCAGGACCGAAGAGGCAACUUUGGCACGGAGGCCGAGAGAUGCAAGGGGCCAAGCCAUGCCGCCGACGCCGCUACCACGCGCUGCCUGCCCUCUUCUUCUUCCUGCUCAUCACCUCAGGACGGGCGCCCAGAGCCGAGGGCGCCGCCGCCGCCAAGAACAAGACCCGGGACCUCCAGAGCCCGGCGGCGGCGGACAGGAAGGCGCUGCUGGAACUCUUGCUCAGAGCCCUUCGCGAGAGGGGCAGCGGCCACAGCCGCCCUCAGCACCAGGCGCCUUUUCACCCCUUGGGGGCGGAACGGGUCAUCGCUCGGCGCUACACGACCGGCGGCGCCCUUUACUCCUCCGCCUCGGUGGAUCGAGAAGCCAGAGUGAUCUCGUCGUCGUCCUCCUCCUCCUCCAGGGAGCGAGCAGGCGCGCAGGCACCCAGGUUCUUCACCUCUUCCCGGCAUUCAGUAUUUCCAAGAGAUUCCAACUUAAAGGACAAGUUCAUCAAACAUUUCACAGGUCCAGUUACAUUUUCAGCUGAAUGUAGUAAGCAUUUCCACCGGCUCUAUCACAACACACGGGAUUGUUCAACACCAGCCUAUUAUAAAAGGUGUGCAAGAUUGCUGACAAGAUUAGCAAUGAGUCCACUGUGUACACAGCCAUAGGAGGCCUGUUAUACUUUUCUGCUAAGCCUGAACUCUGGUUUGCCAAGAAAGUGCCUUGAAAUCUGUCCCAAGACAAAGAGAAGACAUCUUGCUCUUUUUUUUAUUUACAGCAUUGUUUUGUUACUAGAUGCAUUUUAUUUUCAUAUAUGUCGGACAUUCCAUAUUCGUGUGAAAGGAACGUAUUUUAUUUGUAUUUGUAAAUAUGUUGCCUAUAGCUCAAAUAAGCCAAUUUAUUUAAAUAUGUUGUAUAUAAAGACUACUAAUAAUAUACUAAUUAAAUGUUAUAUGCAGGGAGUUGGCUGGUGUGUUUGCUGUUUCUUGUUUCAUUGUUUGUACUUCAUUUUGCUCAGGCUCUUACUUUCAUUAUUUGCACUAACUUGAAAAGCAGAAGUCUCUGUAACUGAAAUCUGAAUAAGCUGCAAGUGGGAUGUUUUACUUUCUGUGGAAAAUAUUUCAUAUUAUGAAGCUUUUGGUAAAAUAUAUAUAUGCCUACAUAGUAUAUAUAUUAUUGCACAUCAGAACAAACUGCUCAAAAAAUGCACACUGCUUUGGGAAACAUUUGUGAAGCUGUUUUGGAUUAUCAUUAGUUACGUUUGUACUGGCACUUAUAGAAAGAGUCGCAAAUAAUGUAAAUAUAAAGACUGGAAGACUGCAAUGCAGUUUGGGUGGAAUAAAGAAUAUAGAUCUCA